AUGUCCUCACCCUCCCUCCCCAUGAACUCCCUCCCCCCAAGCCCGCUGGCCAUGGAGUACCUCAAUGACUUUGACCUCCUCAAGUUCGAGGUGAAACCCGACACGCCGCCGCUCUCCGGUCAAUGCGGGUACCCCAAAUCGGGCGGCUCGCCGUACACCGGCCACCCUCCGCCGGACUCCAGCCUGAGUUCCAGCCCUUACAACUCUCUGCCGCCCUCGCCGACCCUGAGUGACGCCCACCCGCCGCCGUCAGGCUCGUCCUCUCUGUCCUCCUCCUCGUCCUCCAUCUCCUUCCCGCUCUCCGGCUUCACGUCCAGCGUCAAUUCCGCCGGCUCUCAGGGGAAUGCGGACGGCAGCCCGGGCCACGCCGGCCACCCUCAGGGCCCCGGACCGGCCUCGCUGGAGGAUCUGAUCUGGUUUGCGGCCCUGCAGCAGCAGUUUUCCGGAGAGCUCCCGGGGCCCGCCGGCCUCCUGGGCGCCCUGGGCGACAGGGACAGGGCGCCGGUCAGCGGCUUCCUCGGUUGCGAGGACGCCGUGGAGGUUUUGCUGAACUCGGCUGCGGCGGCCGUCAGCUCCCAGAGCUCCAGCAGCGCCCUGGGAGACUCGGGCAGCGACAGCGGCGCCGACGUCUCCUGCCCCAAGGCCGGCGACAUGUGCCACCGACCGCUCGUCUUCCUGUCCAACCCCUCCUUCCCCAACGCCGGAGUGUCCGUGGGGACGGCCCCCUACCCGCAAUCUCUCAGCCCCCAGGGUCGGCUAGCCCCCCACCAGCACCACCACCACCACCACCACCCCCACCACGCCAUGCACGCCGGCCAUCACCAUCAUCAUCAAGUCGCUCAGUGCGGCGGGAACGACCGCUUCUCCGACGAGCAACUGGUGAGCCUGUCGGUGCGCGAGCUCAACCGCCACCUGCGCGGCGUCAGCAAGGACGAGGUGGUGCGCCUCAAGCAGAAGCGGCGCACCCUCAAGAACCGCGGCUACGCCCAGUCGUGCCGCUACAAGCGCUUGCAGCACCGCCACGCCCUGGAAUCGGAGAAACACGUGCUCACGCAACAGACGAACGCAGGUUUGAGUGGUUUCUAA